AUGCCGACAGCCACCACCUUCCUGGAUAACCCGUUGCUCAAGGUCAGCCGCCCUGUCGCCGCCUGCUCGCGAUGCCGCACCGCCAAAAUUAAGUGUGAUGGCAAGCUCCCCGCCUGUUCGGCCUGUGAUAAGGUCGGCAAGGCGAGCACCUGCUCCGGCGCCAGCGACGAAUUUGCCAAAGGCAAGGAGCGCAGCUAUGUGGCUUCUCUGGAGGGCUACUGUGAGAAGCUGGAAAAGAAGAUUUCCCACUUACGAGAUCGCCAAUCCUCCCUCUCGCUUGAAGGUAAUGGUGUCGCCCGGGAAAUGUCCAUCACCUCAACCUCCUCCGCUGGCCCCUUAGCCCCCGCCCACCGCCGAGAGGUCUCGGAUAUUGAUGAUCUCGUCGGCGAUUUUGGCUUCUUAUCCGUCAAUGCCACAUCACGCGACUUUCAUGGGAUCACUUCCAAGACCACUUUCGCCAACUUGCUUCUAUCUGUCGCAACAGUGGGGGAUCCCCCACCGCACUCCCCCCGCUCAUUGCCCGCACGCCACGAGGCAACACCCCUCUUACAGUAUUAUUUUGACAACGUCUUUGUUCAGCUACCUUUCUUUGUGGAAACGAGCUUUUGGACAUCCGUGGAUGCCGUUUAUCAAUCUGACGGCCGCUUCGCGAAGCCGUUCGACCAUUGGAUGCUGCGAAUGGUUCUUGCAAUCGCCUCGGCUGCAGUUUCGUACCAAAACAAUGACAAAAGCCAUCAGAAAGCUUUGGCCCUGGUCUCCGAUGCAUUGAAUUAUGCUGAGGAGGUUCUUCGACCAGGAUCAAUCACCUGUAUCCAAGCCAUUAUCCUUCUCGCUCAGUAUGCCCUGGUCGACCCGGGGCACUUCCGCAGCUGGCACUUAGUAGGAAUGGCGAUCCGAGUCGCUGUAGACCUAGGCCUCCAUCAAGAUCCCCCGGUGGAGGUUUAUUCGAACGCAGACCGACUCGAAAUUCGUCGGCGAGUAUUCCAUUGUCUCUAUUGCCUCGACAGGGGAAUGAGUACUGCGACCCAACGGACAUUUUCCUUCUCAGACGCCUCCGUCGAUGUCGCCAUGCCCUCUCCCAGUACAUCGAAUGGGUCAUCGCCCGCAGAACAAAGCCACAUAUUCCUGCGAAGCCCAGCGCCAGCUCUUCACAUCGUUAAGAUACGGCAAAUAUUGUCUGCUGGGUAUCAAGAUAUGUAUUAUGCUUCACGGGAACAGUCCGCGCAACCACUCGUCCAAACGUGGAAUCUCUGCUACAAAACCCGACAAUGGUUCCACGAAUGCCCUAAGAACGCUCCCAACCAUUUCUCCCUUCUAUACCGACUUGAACUAUUAUACACCAUCAUCAUUCUUGUUUCACCCUCUCAUCGAUACCCCGUACUUUGCGACUAUAGCAAAGCAAUCCUGUUCGACCGGUGCAUGGACUUCAUCAGCCAGAUUCACCAAGUGCUGGAGAAUCCGAGCGUCCUGCCUUUCCUCACAUUCCUAGAUAUCCAGCGCGUCCAUCAGAAGGAACCCCCCGAUCCACCGAUGCUAGGCGAAGAAGACCGCAUCAAUUGCCGUCCUCGGGCAACUCGCUGUCUCGCAUAUGUCCGAGAUAUCCUCCAAUUCUGUUCGCGGAAAUGGGACCUCCGAUUCCUCCUGGAAAAUUUUGAACAGGAGUCUGCCCAUCUGAAUACGAUGCUGUCGGACAACUAUGCCACGAAUUACGGCGUGUUUACGCAAGCGCCGGCGUCUAGGCUGCCGCUGGCCGGCACUGGAUAUUCUGCAUACCACUAG